AUGUCACGAGGUGUAAAAGAAAUAGUUCCCGAUUACCACAGUAGUGAACCAAAAUCAGUAUCAUCAAAUGAUUGUUAUAUGAGAUUAGUAGGUUCAGUGGAAAAUACUACACAACGGGAAAAUUUCAUAAAGACAAUUGAUUCUGAAGAAACAAUGAAAGACCUUAAUGAAGCUGUUGAAAGUAUUUCAAUUAUGGAAAAUGAAAAUACUGAAUUGAUAUUGGAAUAUAUGACUUUGCAUUACACUUUCAAAGAAGAAAACACUUUUGUACAAAGCGAACAUACGAAAUAUGAAAGUUAUUUUAAUUCAGAUUUCUAUGAUCUUAUGAAGGAUAAAGCAUCAUAUGAAAAAUUAGAAGAAAUUUGUCGUAAUUAUGAAAAAAUUAAAAGUGCUAAUGUUGAUCAGGCAAUGGUAGAACACAAUCAACGUGUUGCUAAAACAAAUUCAUAUUUUAUAGGUAAAGGUUCAUCACAAAAUGAAGCUAAAGCAGCAGCAUUAGCUCUCUCGUUCUAUACUGGUACGAAAAGUGGAAUAUCAAAUCAAGAUGCAAGUAAUAAAACCAAUAUUGAAUAUCGUAGUCAGAGGGUAGUUAUUGAUAAACAAAGAGAAGAAAAGCCGAUUGAAAAACUUAUCAUAUGUAAUUAUUUAUUACGAGCACUUUCAAAAAUUCCAUAUUAUCGAGGUUAUGUCACACGAGCUUGUUCUCUGAAAGAUGAUGUGUUGAAAUUAUAUAUGCCGGGCUCAUUAAUUAUCUGGACCCAAUUUAAUGGUACAUUUAAAGGCAAAUCAGUUUUGAACGAUUUUGAUUUUGUUCAUCGAAACACAUUUUUCAAGAUCUAUUCAUUAACUGGUCGUCCGAUUAAAACAUUUUCAAAUUAUGAAGAUGAAGAUGAAAUUUUAUUUUUACCUGAUUCUACAUUUCUCGUCUUGAAACAUGUAGCUUCUCAUCAUGGAACACAACAUACACUUUAUAUGCGUCAAGUCGAAUUAGGUCUAUCGACAUCGUCUAUAUUAUGGGUUGAUGAUCGAAUAUUUAAAGAUGAUUGGAAUAAUGAAGAAUAUAUGACCUAUGCAGAAGCAAAAGAUUUGAAGAAGAACAUACGUUUCAUUCAAAAAUCAAAUACUGAUAAUGCACUAUCAUUUCUUCGGUCACCAUUUGGACAACGUCUUAAAAAUAGAGACACAUUUCGUAUUGUUACUGACAUGGGUCGUGAUAAUGAGCAACCGGCUUAUAAUGCAGGUGCACGUUUCAUUAAAGGAAUAAGAAUGCUUGGCUUCAAUAACCAAUGUUUGGUAUUCGUGGGUAAUAAGGAAAGAACCGAAAAAAUCAUCAAUACAGAGUUAGACGCUCAUGAACGUCAAUUUACAAAAGUAACUGUAUCUUCUGAUGACUUAAAAAGUUUCAUUAGUUUUGAGAGUACAUUGUAA